ACCUGGCUAUGCAUAUCAAUACCCAGAACAAAUUAUUAAUUUAUCAACUCGAUUUAAAUUUAUAAAUAUUUGUAUACGAUUACAUUGAACUAGCGCAGUACUCCAGUGCUAGAAAACAAGAACGCAAAAGAGCUCGUAUUUCGAAAUAUAAUUGCAGCACAGGGGGCUCUGAAUCUCAAUCUUGUGGUGCAAAAAUGUUUCAAAUUUCAAUCAGAAGAGUUAAAGCACUAAAGGGCUUGAGCCCACAAAUCUAUGCUCUGCAAAGCUCCCAUCUUUCUACUUCUGCUCAACCUUCUUUGAAGAAUCGUAAUUCCCUAAGGGUCCAGAAUCUAGUAGGAGGUAGCUUUAUUGAUUCACAGUCUGUUGAAUCUAUCGAUGUUUUAAAUCCGGCAACACAAGAAGUUGUUUCUCAAGUACCUUUAACUACAAAUGAAGAAUUUAAGGCUGCAGUUUCCUCAGCCAAGCAAGCUUUUCCAGCUUGGCGUAACACUCCAAUUACCACUCGCCAACGAGUCAUGUUGAAACUCCAAGAACUUAUCAGGAGAGACAUGGAUAAACUUGCUAUGAACAUUACCACAGAACAGGGAAAGACAUUGAAGGAUGCACAGGGCGAUGUAUUCCGUGGACUAGAGGUGGUGGAACAUGCCUGUGGGAUGGCAACUCUGCAAAUGGGCGAGUAUGUACCCAAUGUCUCCAGUGGAAUUGAUACUUAUAGCCUUAGAGAACCUCUUGGUGUUUGUGCAGGAAUAUGUCCUUUUAACUUCCCAGCAAUGAUUCCUUUGUGGAUGUUCCCUGUUGCAGUUACAUGUGGUAAUACCUUUAUCCUGAAGCCAUCAGAGAAAGAUCCAGGUGCUUCUAUGAUACUUGCGGAGUUGGCAAUGGAGGCUGGUAUACCUGAUGGUGUACUAAACAUUGUCCAUGGCACCAACGAUAUUGUUAACGCCAUCUGUGAUGAUGAUGAUAUCAGAGCUAUAUCAUUUGUUGGCUCAAAUACUGCUGGAAUGCAUAUUUAUUCAAGAGCAUCAGCUAAAGGGAAACGUGUUCAGUCAAACAUGGGAGCCAAAAAUCAUGGAAUAGUCAUGCCUGAUGCAAACGUUGAUGCUACGUUAAAUGCUCUUGUUGCUGCUGGUUUUGGCGCUGCAGGACAAAGGUGCAUGGCUUUGAGCACAGUGGUCUUUGUUGGAGAUUCAAAAGAAUGGGAAGAUAAAUUAGUCGAGCGUGCUAGAACACUGAAGGUAAAUGUCGGAACUGAUCCAGGUGCUGACCUCGGUCCAGUAAUUAGCAAACAGGCAAAAGAACGAAUCUUGAAUUUGGUUGAAGACGGCGUUAAGAGUGGUGCCAAUCUAUUACUUGAUGGCAGAAAUAUCAAGGUUCCUGGAUAUGAACAAGGAAAUUUUAUCGGUCCAACAAUCUUGUCUGGUGUCACCGCUGAUAUGGAAUGUUACAAGGAGGAGAUCUUUGGUCCAGUUCUUCUUUGUAUGCAGGCUGACAGCUUAGAAGAGGCCAUAAGCAUUGUCAACAGAAAUAAAUAUGGCAAUGGAGCUGCUAUAUUUACACAAUCUGGUGUUGCUGCUAGAAAGUUCCAAACUGAUAUAGAGGCAGGACAGGUUGGCAUCAAUGUACCUAUUCCAGUCCCUCUACCCUUCUUCUCAUUCACCGGUUCCAAGGCAUCUUUCGCAGGCGAUCUAAAUUUCUAUGGCAAAGCUGGAGUCAAUUUUUACACCCAGAUAAAGACCGUGACACAGCAAUGGAAGGAUUUGCCAAGUGGCUCUGGAGUUUCAUUGGCAAUGCCAACCUCACAGAAACAAUAAUAUACAUAAUAAGAGUACCAAGGAAUCCUCCUUCCUGGGAUUUAUCAACAAGUUAUCGAGGCCGUACGGGUUUCAAAAAAAAAAAGACGAUGAUGUACCCUAUCAACAAGUUACAGUUUUAUAUUUGAUAUUUUAGAGUUAUAAAUGAACCAUAUACUUUGAAUUUGAUGCUUAUACCCUAUUUGAUGUAUGUUCUUUCUGUGCU